AUGAGAGUUAUUUGUUUUAUACUAUUGUUAUUUAUUGCAGUUAAUGGUGCUCCAUUAACUAUCAGAGAUUUUGUUGGAGGUGAUUUGAUCAAGAGGUGGGGUUUCCAUUCAUCAGGAGGCCAUUCAUCAGGAGGCCAUUCAUCAGGAGGAGGAAGUUCUUCUAGUUCCCAUUCUGGAGGUGGUUCUUCUAGUUCUCAUUCCGGUGGUUCUAGUUCAGGUAGCAGGGGUGGAUCAAGUUCAGGUUCCAGUUCAGGUUCCAGUUCAGGUUCAAGUUCAGGUUCCAGUUCUGGAAGUAGAGGGGGAUCAGGUUCUAGUUCAGGAACAGGUUCAGCAAUAGCUGGUGGUGCCGCUGGUGGUGUCGCCGGUGGUUAUUGGAGUAACGGUGUUUAUCAUCACUAUGGUUCAGGAUCUCAUGGUCAUCUGAACUCUACAUCCAGUGAUGACUCGGAUUCUCUGGACGAUCUGGACUAUUCCACAGAAUAUGUUUCUGGUGGUGCUAUCAACAAGCAGAACAUUAUUUAUACUGGUAUCUUAGCCUUGGUGAUUUCCUCUUUAUGUUAG